AUGUCUUUCAACAAAGGUCCACCUAUUCUGGAUGGAAAGAAUUAUUUCUCAUGGAUCAUCAAGAUUGAGUCAUACAUGCGUGCUCAGGACUUGUGGUAUACAGUAGAAGAAGAAGACCUACCAGUACCCGGAGAAGAUGCAAGGGAGGAUGAAAAACUUCGCUACAAAAAUCACACCAUCAACAAACACAAAGCUGCUUCUCUUCUGCAUGAUGCUUUAACUGAGAGCAUGUUUACCAAAAUUGCAAACUGCAACACACCAAAGAAGAUAUUUGAUCGUUUGAAGGCCAUUCAUGAAGGUGGUGAUCAGAUUCAGAAAAUCCAUAUUCGAAACCGUAUCUCAGAUUUUGAAGCAAAUCAGAUGAGUUACAAGGAGACUGUUCAAGAUUACUAUGACCGCACAAUCGAAAUAGUAAAUGAGAUCCGAGCUCUUGGUGGGGAAUUACCUGAAGAAAAGGUUGUAGAAAAGGCGACUAUGAGUCUCCCGAAUAAAUUUGAGGCAAAGUUGUGCGCAUUAGAAGAAACUGACAAACUGAAACAAAUCACUUUUCUAGAACUUAUCAGUGCUUUGCAAGCUUCUGAAAAACGAAUGCAAAUCAUACCCCCAGAGGUUGAGGGUGUGCACGAGAAAACCGAAGUCUUAUUAUCUGCAGAAAAUCUUGAUCUCAGCAAUUUAGCAAUCAGCAGAGGAGCAUCAAAUUUGCAGGCUCCAAGCCAGGGAGGUUAUGUGCAGCAAAAUCCACUGAAAAAAGGGGGAAAUGGUAAAGAAAUCUACGAACCUUGCCCCCACUGUAAGAAGACAAACCACCGAGCUCAAUUCUGUUUCUACCAUCCUAAAGCUAUUUGCAAAAACUGUGGGGAAACAGGGCAUGUUGAAAGAGUCUGUAUACACAAAAAUAGGGCGAAAGAACACGUAAAUUUGGUUGAUCUUUCUUUGUUUGACGAAGAAUGCAACUUAGAAAUAGCAUUCUGCACUGAAACCUCACCUGAUUCUGUGGAAAUAACAUACUCUGUUGAUGAAACUACCACACAAUCGAUAAAAGGUUGGAUUCUUGACAGUGGGUGUUCUCACCACAUGUGUUGUGACAGAACGUUACUCUUCAAUUUUAGAACUCAAAAAGGAAGAGCUGUGAGGUCAGCUACAGGGCACACCACUCCAGUACUGGGUGUUGGCAGCAUAUACUUAUCUAGAUGGAAGAAGCCAUGA